UUUCAAAGUGAAUAAUAAAUAUGAAAUUUCGUUACAUUUAUUACGCCAAAAUUUUCUUCACUCACAAAGGACAGGAGUUUUGACAACAAAAAUCUACCGACAUUCAGCGAUGGUUAUUUCUCUUGUUUAUGGUUGGAUUAUUUUAAUUUCGUUUCAUGCAUCUGAUGCUGCAAAUGUUCCAUUUGAAACAACCCCAAAGGCCAUCGAGUAUGGAAGUUGUGGAACAGACAAGGAAUUAAUUUGGAAAUAUGAUAGUAAUUUGAUCUUACAGAAGAAAACUUGGUACAUUGUUGAAGAUUCAGUAAUAAAGGAACAGAUUGCUUUUGAAGACAAUUCAACACUAUUAUUUACUAUCAAUCGAGGUGCAUCAUACCCACCAGCAUCUGAAGGACGAUUACAAUAUGUGGAAAAUGCUGGCAUUAAGAUAAGUAAUUUAAAAAAUGGAGAUGAAGGUAUUAUUAGGGUUGAAGUGGAUUAUGAAAACCUUGACCUUUCUACAAAAGAUACUCAGUUAAAAGUUUACGCGUUUCCACAAAGUCUCAGCCCAUAUCUGAACAAUCCAACAAGUGCUACAUUGGGGGAUCUUUUAAAGACCUUUAUAUGCAAUAUUUCUAGCAGCCCAGCAGCCACAAUUAAAUGGUAUAAAGAUGGUAUAGAAUUGAUUAAUGGCACCACUGGUAACAUUACUCAAAAAUUAUACACUGCUAAUCGAAUAGCAGGAUGCUCUGUUAAUGUGGUGGAAUCAACUUUAAGCAUUUUUAAUGUUGCUGUGUCACAUGCUGGCAAUAUAACAUGCAGUGCAGUUGCCACCACUGAUACUGAUCUUGUUUUCAAUCAAUCCACCCUAUUUAUUGUGGAAUAUGCCCCAGGAGCUAUCAAUCAAACUCAAUUGUCGCUAACACCAUCAAGCAUCAAAGCAGGAGACACAACAGUAAUUAGCUGUUUAGCAUACUCUAUACCAGACCCCAGUUAUGAGAUUUGGAGAGGUGGAGUUAUGCUUGCGUCAGGUUUACCAGCAAGUGGUAUUCCUUUCACUUACACAACUAAUCCUCUUAGUUUUUAUGAUGAUGGCAAUUACACUUGUAAGGCAACCAAUACUCAUGGAAAUGAUAUAAAGAAUAUUGCCCUGAAUAUUACUGUUAAACCACAAAUCUGGUACAUGGACAGUGACCCAGUAGAACUUAACAUUGGAGACAAUGCAACGGUAACGUGUGGAAUUCAUGGGGAUCCAUUAUUGGAAAGCAAUUUAAACUGGACGAAGAUACAAGGAGGUUCUAGCUCCUUUACUAACCAAACUGUUUUGCAUUAUUCAAAUACAUCAAUUACCUACAGAAACCACUCAUUAAUUAUCACAUCAGCUACGAAGAAUGACUACGGUAAAUACAGAUGCUAUGGUUGGAAUGAUCUAGGUGUAGCUUCAAGGGAUAUCACUGUUUAUAUAAAGUGUCCUGCAACAAUCAGUUCAUCAAACCUUGUGUAUCCAAGUGAGGAAGUUUCGGAAUAUGAAGUAAAAAAGCUCACAUGCACUGCUGAUGGAUAUCCAAAGCCUGUGAUAACAUGGAAGAACGAUGGGGUGGCAAUACCAGUCACUCCAACUGUAACUGCAACAAAUGACUCCAUAUGGCAUGUCACCAGCACCAUAAGUGUCAAUUUGACAAGAACAUAUGCUGGCAUCGUGGAAUGUUUUGCCUCAAAUGGCAUAUCACCUGAUGCUUCAAACACUACAAAUCUGUUAUUAAAAUACCAACCAGUGCCAACUUUAACUGCUAUAGACAUGAGGAUUUUUGAAGACAGCGGUAACAGGAAAUUCACUACAGCUGUUGGUGACACAGUAGUAUUGUUUUGCACUGCACAUGGCUACCCAAAGCCAACACUGACUUGGUUCAAAGGAGGGGUGGACUUAACAGGUAAUGUUAUUAAAAACAAGACUGAGGUUAACAACACACAAAGUUGGACUGUCACAAAUUGGAUUUCCAUAACUUCAAUAACAAAGAAUAAUAAUAAUGAUCUAUAUGAAUGUAAAGCAAGUAAUGACGUUGGAAGUGACUCCUCAUCAUUAACAGUUUUAGUUUUAAAUGGUGAAUUCACGGCUGUUCCCAUCGAUCCUCUAUGUUCCAUAGUUGGUUCUGAUAUUUAUUUUGACUGGCAAUACACGUACACUCAACCAAUUGACUUCAUAAAAUGGGAAAGACAUGCGGAUGCAAAUUUUUCUGUUGUGCAAACAAUCGGAAGACUCAGCAAUGUAAAUGGUGGAUAUGAUAAUGUUAUGGAAGACCCUCGUUAUGUUUACAAUGCCAGUACUUUGUCUGGUUUAACAAUUAAAGCUGUGUCAGUUGCAGAUGAAGGCUGGUACGGGAUAAAAAUUAAUUUCCAGGACAGUCCAGAUGUGUUCUCAAGAUCUGUUUAUCUACUAGUUAUUAUAAAUCCCCACGAUACAAAAAUCAUACCAGUUGAAGCGGCUGUUUCUGAAAACAACAAUGUGUCACUUACCUGUACUACAACAAGUAAACCUGCAGCAUCUGUUGAAUGGUACCGCGACCAUAACUAUCUUUCUCGGUUAAACAAUAGUUCAAACUAUGCUAUCACUCAGCGUGUUGUUGAAAUUGUUGCAAAUGAGACAGUUGUCGAAAGUACCCUGGUUAUCAUUAAUUCACAGCUUAAAGAUAUUGGUAAUUACUCAUGCAAAGCUGUCGGGAAAAUUGGAUUUCAGUAUGCUCAUAGCGAACUCACAGUUCACUAUGCUCCCAAAAAUACUACACUAGUUGCAUCAAGCAAUCCUGUCAUAGAGGGUCAGUCAGUGUAUCUCACUUGUACAGCUGUGGCAAAGCCAACAAUGAUAAAUUAUCAGAUAUAUUUAAAUGGUGCUGUUGUUCAUAAUAGUACUAAUGGAACUAUGGUAAUUAAUCCUGUGAUGAAUUACCAUGAAGGGAAUUAUACCUGUGUUCCUAUUAACACUGUUGGAGCUGAUGUUAAUGCCAGUCUUUUGCUUGAUGUCCUAGUUCCACCUGUUUUGAUGGAACAUAAUGAUCCUGUAACAGUCACUGAAUCUUCAAAUGCCGACAUGCUUUGUAAAGUAUAUGGUGAUCCACAACCAACCAUGUACUGGUCAAAAAUUAGUGGUGGAAGUGAAAAUGACAUUGUCAUUGGGAAUUAUCCUACAACGAAUUCAACAUUAUUUAUUGUCAACAGUACUGCAACAUCACUUUCUGUAUCAAGAGAAGAUGCUGGAGUGUAUAACUGUUAUGCAAAUAAUAGUUGGGGAGCUGUUUCUCAAAACAUAACUUUAGUUGUUCACUAUGCUGUCAACAUAACCAGUCAUAAUCUUGUACAGCCAUCUGAAAAUCUAACAGAAGGGGUUUCUUUUGCACGUGAAUGUACUGCAACAGGCUUUCCUAAACCUAUAGAAAUUGUUUGGAAGUUGAAUUCAGCACCUAUCACGAGACAUUCUGUUUCUACAAUGCUUCUUCAUGAAGGUGUAGAUUUUGCUACCUAUAAAAGUACUAUUACGAUUACAAUGGUUGACAAGGAUGACGCCGGCGUGUUGGAAUGUUUCGCAAAAAAUGUGGUAGGAAAUGAUAGUGAGACUACAAAUGUUUAUGUGAAAUACCCACCAACGUUAACUGGGAAACCUGAUCCUACUGAAUACGUCAACUUGGGAGCCAGCUUAACUCUCUCAUGUGUAGCAACCAGUAACGAGCUUGCUACUAUUCAGUGGUACAAAGAUAACGUUGAAGUAUUUCAUGGUGAUGGUAUUCACGAAAUUAUUGUCUCAUCUAACAGUCCUAUCGACCAAGUAACUAGUACAAUAAAAGUCAAUCCAGUGAUUUUGGAUACCCUUGGUGCAUAUACGUGCAAUGCAACAAAUAGUUUGGGUUUUGAGAAGUUUACAACCAACGUCGUAGUUUAUUAUCCUGCAACAAUAAAGAGUUAUCCACCUGCAACAAUAAGUGCUAGUGAAUUUCAGAAAAACUACACUAUUCAGUGCAUUGCUAUAGGAAACCCUCAACCAGUUGUCACAUGGUGCAAAAAUGACAUCGAAAUGACAUUUCCACAAUUGGGUUAUACACUCACAGAUACAUAUCAUAACGCUACAACAGUUAGUAAAACUUUAACAAUAAAUAUGGUUGGUUUGGCUGAUUAUGGGAACUGGACAUGCAAAGCAAAAAACACUAUUGCAGGAAACUUGAUAGCAUCUGAUGAUGCUACUACUUUGUUGACAAUCUCAUAUGACCCUACUUUUGUGCCAACAUUCCCAGUAAUGCAAUAUCGAGUCAAUGAAACAGAUACUGUUACGCUUUCCUGUCGUGUAAAAUCAUACCCUAAGCCUUUUGUAUGGUGGGAUGUACCUACUGGAAUUACUGUUGAUGGAAGAUUUACAACAACAGUAUUUCAGAGCACUGAAUACAGUAUUGUGGAAUCAAAUUUAACAAUAACCAAUGCAGCAAAAUCAGAUUAUGGAAAUUUUGUAUGUUAUGGAAACAACACAUUUACAAGUAUCAACAAAAGUUCAGAACUCAUUGUUCAAUAUCAAGCGACACCCAACACAACACAAACAAUAACACUUACGGAAGGCGUUGAUUCAUUGUUUCUACAAACCAUAGCUACCUCAAAUCCAGCAUCUAAUUUUACCUACCAUUUCAAUAAUUCUGUAAUCACGUCUGGUCAUGUGUUGGCAGAUUUUGUAAACAGCUCAUCAAAUUCAGCGACAGUGCAGACAAGUAUACUGUCAUCAGCCACGGUUGAUAGCACAAAUGGUGGUUUUUAUCACAUCUAUACAUGUAAUUUUGUUGGAUGUAAAGCAGAUGAAUGGAAGGUCAUUGUAAAGUACAAACCGGUGCUACUAAAUCCUGUGCCAUCUACUGAGCAUGUUAAUGCCACAAACACACAUGCAUUGACAUGCAGAUUCAAAGGGAAUCCCCUUCCAGUUAUAACAUGGAAACGUGGGGGCAUCAGUUUAAGUGGUGGUGGUAACAUCGCAAUUUCCUCCAAUAAUUUACAGACGGGCGAGUUUGAUAGCGAAGUUGUAUCAACGAUAACUAUCACGAAUAUCCUUUCCAAUCAAGGUGGAAUAUAUACAUGCUCAGCUACAAAUGACGUUGGAGCAUCUCAAGCAUCUACGAAUCUCACAGUUUGUCAUGCCCCUGUUAUUGAGAAAGAUCUUGUGAAUGAAAUAAUUAGAAUAACCGAGGGAACAUUAUUGACAUUAGACUUUCAAGUUUAUUCAUAUCCUGGUGCAAAUUUUACCUGGCGUAAGGAUAAUUUAAGCCCAUUGAAUGACCCACCGCAAACAACUAUCCAAAAUACACCAAAUGUAGAUUUCUUUACCGUUAAUCAAUCAAGUGUGAUCAGCACGUCAGCAUUGACACAUAUGUCUGGUCAAUACAAUGUGACAGCUUGUAAUUUUCUUGGAUGUGUUAACAGUCAAACAAAAACAGUUAUCGUGGAAUAUCCACCUGUGCAUGAGCCAAUCAAUGAUGUUGUUGUUGUUCAAAACCAAUCAGCUACAUUUACCUGUUCUGUAAGUAGCGAGCCUGUUUCAACAAUAACGUGGUUUUUAAAUGGAACAACGCCAGUUACAGAUGGUGGAGACCACAGCAUAACUGAAACCGUUACCACCAACACAUGGAACAGUACAGUGUCAUCUGUUUUAACCAUAAGUAACGUACAACGUGCUGAAGACGCAGGUGUUUACACAUGCAGAGCGAUGAAUUCUGUUGGUACAAAAGAUGAAAGCGCAAAUUUGACCGUAAAAUACCCACCUAUCGAAGUAACAGGCCUAAUAAACAUCACCAUAAACGAAGGACAGCCGUUAAACUUGGUAUAUGAUGUCCGCUCUUUGUCAGAAUCCACGUUCACAUGGCAGCAUAACUCUACAACUGUAGAUAGCAUGUACAUCAAAUCAUCAAACGACAUCUAUCGUGGUGUGUUUGAUGUGUACAAACGAGCAAUGCUCCAUUUGGAAGGAAGUAAAGUGACGAAAGACCAAGCUGGGUUUUAUACUGUUACAGCUACCAACUCUUUUGGUGAAGACAUCAACAGCACAGCUUGCGUUGUUGUCAAUUAUGCACCAAUCGUCACAUCUAAAUUUCAUAGCCGAACAAAUGUUACGAAGGGAACGUCGCCCUCUCUUACGUGUAAUAUAGACAGCUUUCCAGUCUCUACCGUUCAAUGGUAUAAAAACGGUGUUCUGAUGCCGACAACCUCUUCUGACUAUGCUAUCAAUACAGGAACGCUAGAGGCUUCUAAAUUUGGAGCACACAUUCAAUCUAAUUUAACUUUCACAUCCGUGGAUAAAACAGAUUCUAGUAAUUAUACUUGCAAAGCAACAAAUACAUUGGGGACUGCUGAAGAUAAAACGUAUAUGAUUGUACUAUAUCCACCAGUGGUUGUACCAGACUUCGACCCAAAAUUAUUCAAUGCGACUGAACAUACCUUCAGCUCUUUAGUUUGUAAUGUUGACUCGAACCCAGUUUCUACGAUAUUGUGGUUAUACUCCGAAGAUGGUACAACAUACAAUCCAAUAACAGGCGAUAUAACGAUUAAGUAUUUACCCGCGCAGUAUAGAGAGCACGAAGUACGUUUUGACAGUACGCUGCAAUUUUUACCAAGCAGGAUUGAAGUAUCUGAUGCAGGCUACUAUCGUUGUAAAGCCACCAACCAGCUCGGCAGCACACAAAGAGAUACGCAAAUUAAUGUUCAAUACGCUCCCAAAUUUAUCGCACCUGGUUUGAUGAGUGGGCAUGAGAAUAUAACAGUUGGUUCUACAAAAUCGUUCACAUGUCAUUUUAAAAGCAAUCCAGGCGCUACAGUGCAGUGGUUGAAGGAUGGUGUUGUGAUACCGUCUGGAUAUACCACUAAUGUGUUAUCUACAGUUGAUCAGACAGUAACUGUUGAAAGUGUUCUCACAUUAACUAACAUUGCAAAAAGUGACCUAGCGAACUAUACAUGCCAGGCUAGUAAUGGUAUUGGGACUAGUCAUCAAUCAAAAGUUCUGAACGUACUUUAUCCUCCGACGACGACUGCAGUCAGCAGAAAUUUCACUCUUAGUCAAGGAGAAACAUUGACACUGGACUGUUCAAACGAAGCUAAUCCACCGUCUAUGCAUGCUUGGACGAAAAAUGACACUUCAAUGAAUUACAAUGGUGUGACCUACGUUACGUCCACAGUGGUUGCAACCGAAGGAAAGUAUGUAUGUACACCAAGUAACGGACUUGGCAGUGGAAAUCCAGUCACCUACUUUGUGAAGAUAAAAAUUCCACCCUCCAUCACUGCGGAUGCUGUAUGUUCGAAGGUUCCUCAACCAACGGGCGACCCCAUAUCAAUGUGCACAUGUCUAGGUACAGGCUACCCUCCACCUGAUAUAUUUUGGACUAAAUACCCAAGCAAUGUGGUACUGUCCAACACCAGCGUGCUACAACUGCCAGUCACUAUCGCUGAUGACGGUUCUUAUGUUUGCCACGUGAGGAAUGAUGUUGGCGAAGUAACAAGCACUGGGAUGUUAGAUAUCUUUGGUCCUUUAACCGGAACAUGGACUGUAUGGAGUGGUUGUAACAACAGUUGUGGGGCCGGAAGUCACUUCAGAACACGACAGUGCUCUGUAAAUUUUUGCACUGAUAGUUUGAUUGAAUGGGAUACUUGUGUUGGUUCAUGUCAAUUGAAACCUAUUCCAAUUGUGCAUGGAGAGAAUGAUGAUUGGUACAUUGCAUUAUAUGUGUUAGUACCAAUAGCGGUUGUGCUGCUCGUGUUGGGCGGUCUAUGGUUGGCGCGUUUUAAUAGAAAACAAGAUGAUGAUCCGGUUAUCAUUCCGAUUAAUCCGAAUAUUGGUGGUCCUCCCGGUAUGCCACAGAAUAUAUUUCCAGCUGGUAUGCUCAAUAAUGGCUUUGUCCCAAGCGAACCCGAAAUGGAAUCUGUUGAAGUAAACCUUUUAUUUGAUGACGAAGAAUCCGAAACGGAUAUACUAAAUUUACCUGAAGAGGAAACGUCUGACCCUGGCUCGCCAAACUCAUCUAUACCGGACAGCGCACCAGACAGUGUACCGGACAGCGAACCGGGAACGCCAAAUUUUUCUUCGGAUUAUAACAACUUUUAUGAGGAGUUGCCAUCCGAAUAUGACUUUCGAGCAAGCGAAGAUUAAAUUCAAUUGCUGGAAACACCCUAUAAUAUAUUGUACUUUAUGUUUGUUUGAAACCGUACGAAAUAAAGUUUCUUUCUUGUUUAAAACCGUACGAAAUAAAGUUUCUUUCUUUUUUGAAACCGUACGAAAUAAAGUUUCUUUCUUGUUUAAAACCGUACGAAAUAAAGUUUCUUUCUUGUUUGAAACCGUACGAAAUAAAUUUUCUUUCUUGUUUGAAACCGUACGAAAUAAAGUUUCUUUCUUGUUUGAAACCGUACGAAAUAAAGUUUCUUUCUUGUUUAAAACCAUACGAAAUAAAGUUUCUUUCUUGUUUAAAAACAGAUUUCGUAUGUUUAAAACUAAUGAAAAAUGACGAAAAGGGAAAAUUGAAUUUACCAAAUGAACGUGAUACGUUUUUUGUAUUUAAAACUUGGUUACUUGGAUUUUGUUUUUCAGUUUUCAUCUUUUAAGUAAAAUGUCAAAUUGCUUUUCUAAGAGGCCCAUAUUCAUUUAUACACAAAAUUUUGACUGCUAUAUACAUAUACCACAUUAGACUGCUGACUAAGCAUUACUUGCUUUAACAUAUACACACACACACACGCACACAUUGAGUGUUCACGCACGCACAACGCACACAUCUUUUAAUAUUUUAUGAGCGAUUAGAAAUAUUGACAAACCAUUUUGCGACAAAACUUUAACACUAUUUAUAGCUUUAUCAUACACAUUUUUAUCAUUUAGGUUAACUACUUAUUUGUAACUUUUAUUAUUUGUCACUAUAUACUUUUGUUAACUGAUUUCUUUUUGCUAGAUUCUCCAAAUAUC